AUGGCAGCCUCCCCACCCUCCAACUUCUGGCUAGAAUUCCGCCUCCUAAACGACGGCCUCGACACCCCCGCCGCCAAGGUCCUCAACCGCGCACGCUGCCUACACCUGCAGUCCCGCGGCCGGGCAACGCAUUUCCCGCAGUUCCCAGCCCUGCCAGCAGAGCUGCGGCUCAAGAUCUGGGAGUUUCUACUCGCGCCGCGAAUCGUGGGAGUCGCGUGCUUCGAGGCGGAGACGUUCUCGCCUGAGAGGAGGGAGGAGGUGUUUUACGGGGGGACGCGUUUUGGAGAUCCGCGAUUGGGGGAGACACCGGGGUGUGGUAAUGGUAUUGCUAACGGCCUCGUGCCGGUCCUGCUGCACAUAUGUCAAGAAACGCGCAUUCUAGCCCUGAGCCGCUACGAGCGCGCGUUCGCGUGGAAGGUGCCGCUCGUGCUCUCGGGGAUGGACAUGUACCGGCCCUUCUCAUCACUCUCCAUCUCCUCCCCAUCCUCCCCAUCCUCCACCUCCACCUCAUCUUCAUCAUCACAACCCCCACCACCGUCCUCCUCCUCCCACGCACCACCACCACCACCACCACAACCCCCCCAAUGGUCCACCCCACAAGUCUACUUCGACUUCGCAACCGACGCCCUCUACCUCCUCGGCGCCCUCGAGCCCUCGGACCCGGACGGCACGCUCAGCAGUCCCAUGACGUACUUCCUCGACAGGCGGGACACGCAGCGCGUGCGGCGCGCGGGCGUCGCCUUCGCCGCCCUGGGCUUCGGCGAGGCGGGGCCGCAGCAGAUCUUCGGCGCCCUGUUCCACGUCGUCGACCGCUUUGCUGCGGUUCUGGGCGGCCGCGUGUACGUGGGCGUGCGGCCUGCGGACGAGAUGACGAAUGCGCUUAUGGGAGGGCAGAGCCCGCUCGUGAGGCCCAGGGAGGGUGAGGGUGAGGAGGAGGUGUCGGGGGAAGAGGGCGAGCCGAUUUUUCAGGGGGAGGUACAGCAGCGGAGGAGACGGCAGGGACGGGGACCCCAGGAGCCGAAUGCUGUGCAGAAGAUCUGGAGGGACUGGUAUAGGGGCUCGGUGGUCACGUCGUCACUGGCCAAUAUGCAGUUUGUGCUGGUGGAGGAGUCUGAGUUGGAGAAGCAUAUCUUCGAGCCUGUUGUGGCUCCUGCACCCGCGGGCGUCCUGAGACGACACCAGAAAGCAGAACUUGACCGAGAAUGA